AUGGAAGAUUUGAUGGACAUGGACAUGAGCCCCCUGGGGACCCAGAACUAUCUUUUCAGUUGUGAACUAAAGGCCGACAAAGAUUAUCACUGUAAGGUGGAUAAUGAUGAAAAUGAGCACCAGUUAUCUUCAAGAACGGUCAGUUUAGGGGCUGGCGCAAAGGAUGAAUUGCACAUUGUCGAAGCAGAGGAGAUGAAUUAUGAAGGCGGUCCAAUUAAAGUAACACUGGCAGCUUUGAAAAUGUCUGUGCAGCCAACGGUUUCCCUUGGGGGCUUUGAAAUAACACCACCUGUGGUCUUAUGGUUGAAGUGUGGUUCAGGGCCUGUGCAUAUUAGUAGACAGCACUUAGUAGCUGUGGAGGAAGAUGCAGAGUCAGAAGAUGAAGAGAAGGAGGAUGUGAAACUCCUAAGUAUACCUAGAAAGCACUCUGCCCCUGGAAGUGGUAGCAAGUUUCCACAGAAAAAAGUAAAACUUGCUGCUGAUGAAGAAGAUGAUGAUGAUGAAGAUGACGAUGAUGAUGAUGACUUUAAUGAUGAGGAAGCUGAAGAAAAACUCCAAUCAAAAGGUCAAGAAUCCUUCAAAAAACAGAAAAAAACUCCUAAAACACCAAAAGGACCUAGCUCUGUAGAAGACAUUAAAGUAAAAGUGCAAGCAAGUAUAGAAAAAGGUGGUUCCCUUCCCAAAGCGGAAGCCAAAUUCAUCAAUUAUGUGAAGAAUUGUUUCCAGAUGACUGACCAGGAGGCUAUUCAAAAUCUCUGGCAGUGGAGUAAGUCUCUUUAAGAAAAUAGUUUAAACAGUUUGUUAAAAUUUUCCAUCUUAUUUCAUUUCUGUAACAGUUGAUAUCUGGCUGUCCUUUUUAUAAUGCAGAGUGAGAACUUCUCCUACCGUGUCUGAUAAAUGUUGUCCAGGUUCCAUUGCCAAGAAUGUGUUGUCCAAAAUGUCUGUUUAGUUUUUAAAGAUGGAUCUCCACCCUUUGCUUGGUUUUAAGUAUGUAUGGAAUGUUAUGAUAGGUCAUAGUAGUAGUGGUGAUCAGACAAAUGGAAAUGGUGGGGAGAC